ACUGAAACUACUACGACUUUGUCUCGUUGGAGUUCUCGUCUCUUCGGCGUGUAUCACUGCGCACAGAAUCUAGAGGGAGCAAAUCGAAGUUGCCGUCGAUCACUUUCCAAUUGAUUUUGCGAUCGUUGAUCAUACGACUUCCUCCUCGAAGAAGCGUUUGCGUAAUCGGUUCAUGGCGGAGCCGGAGAAGGAUAGGAAUAAGUACAGUCUAAUUGUCCCAACCUACAACGAGCGCAUCAACAUUGCUCUCCUCGUCUACCUCAUUUUCAAGCACCUCCCGGAUGUUGAUUUUGAAAUAAUUGUCGUUGAUGAUGGAAGUCCUGAUGGUACUCAAGAAGUUGUGAAACAGUUGCAAGGGGUGUAUGGUGAAGAUCGGAUCCUAUUGAGAGCCAGACCUAGGAAGCUUGGAUUAGGAACUGCUUACUGUCAUGGGCUCAAGCAUGCCACUGGUAAUUUUGUUGUUAUAAUGGAUGCUGACUUAUCUCACCAUCCAAAAUAUUUACCCAGCUUCAUUCGGAAACAGUUACAAACUGGUGCUGAUAUAGUUACAGGAACUCGAUAUGUGAAAGGUGGCGGUGUACAUGGAUGGAAUCUUAUGCGCAAACUAACAAGUAGAGGAGCUAAUGUUCUUGCUCAAACACUUUUAUGGCCCGGUGUAUCAGACUUAACUGGAUCUUUUCGGCUCUACAAGAAAUCGGUGCUUGAAGAUAUCAUUAGUUCAGUUGUUAGCAAGGGAUACGUUUUUCAAAUGGAGAUGAUUGUUCGAGCUACAAGAAAAGGUUAUCACAUUGAAGAGGUUCCAAUUACCUUUGUUGAUAGAGUGUUUGGAACUUCCAAGCUUGGAGGAUCUGAAAUUGUAGAGUAUUUGAAAGGUCUCUUGUACCUUCUGGUCACCACAUAAUACAUUAAAAGUGAAUUUAAUUGCCAGGUAAACUUGUUUGAUUUCAACCCUUUGCCUAUUUCUGGCUAGGUACACACCACCCCAGGCUUUUUGUGUAAAUUUGAGAUAUGAUUACUUAGGAAAUAUUUUCAUAACUGGUACUUUUCCCGCAAUUUCCCUUCAAGUCUCAACUGUGGGAGCAUAGAAGGAUUAUGGUAGCACUAUCAGAGCUCAAGCAUUGUAUUUGAUGUUUAUUUUGCAGGAUAUACCGGGUUUGUUUUUUUUUCUCA